AUGAACACCCCGCCAUCUCCAUUCGGCGCUGACUCUGUGUUGGCAGCCAUGUUGCGCCAAGAAGAAGCUUACUUGAGCGAUGACUAUCUCUACCAGCAGAACGAACUACCUCAGUCGGUCAUCAGCGGUCCUUUGCACACCAUCGAACAGGACCGCGCCAAGAUGGUCGGAUGGCAGUACCAAGUGGCCGACUUUUGCCGCUUUAACCGAGAAACCGUUGCAAUCUCCACCUCUUACUUUGACCGAUUCCUCGCCAAGGAUUCUGCGACAGAGGCUCUUGCCAACACGGACCUCUUCCAACUGGCUGCCAUGACUUGCUUUUACACUGCCGCCAAGAUUCACGAACCGGAGUCCUUCGAACCCUGGAUGCUCUCCAAAAUGAGUCGAGGAUUGUACUCUGCUCAGCAAGUGGAAAAAAUGGAAAGCGUCAUUCUCAAAGCCGUUGAAUGGAGAAUGAAUCCUCCCACUCCCUUGGCGUUUGUUCGAGAGCUUUUGGAGCUCUUGCCCGAAAGUUAUCUUAGCGAGGAAAUGAGACCGGCCGUGUACGACUUGUGCAAGUUCCAGACAGAACUAUGCGUGCGAAUCUACGAGUUUGUACCCAUCAAGGCGUCCACCAUUGCCAUGGCCGCGCUCCUGAAUGCCCUGGAAUCUCUGGGCGUGGACUACUCCGCUCUGGGAUUUAUCGAGGCCUUUUUGGCUCGGUCCAUCAAGGACGCUGGCAUGAUGCUCGAUGUUCGUGAGGACAUUCAAAACCGUCUCUACCAGGCUGUCACGGAGUUUUCCGGUAUUCACACCGAAGCCGCCACCAGCAGCACCGCCUACCCUGCCAAGCAAACCCUUUGCAAACGAUCGUCACCUCAGACUUCGCCCUGCACCGUCUAUACUACAGCUACCACUGUACAAUGA